AUUUUAAAGUCUGUGCAUUUAGUGGACUAAACAAUCAAAUGUCAUCACUCUAGCUGGUCUGGAAUUAUUUGUUGGUCAGAUGAAAUAUCAACAUUUUUAACCACUGCUAGCCGUUGAUGCUGGGCUCCUGUAUAAGAUGUAUAAGGGUUGUUUUAGGUUUAACAGCCAUACAACCAGCACAGGCAUGCGGACAUUAACCUGCAAGGAGGUCCAAAGGCUGGUGGUGCUAGCUCUCCAAAUGGAUGUUUGUGUAUUGUGACUCUUAGCCAUGUAAAUUGUACUCCAAUCUGACUGUUUCCAGAGAGUUUUCUUACCUAAACACAAGUAAAUUUACUUUGCUCUAUCUCAUCUGACAUUCAGUAGAAAUAUUAAAAGGUUAAGUCAAAUCAGCUGAGGGGUGCUGAGGUUGUGAUCCCUACACUGAUGUCCCAGAUUUGAUUUCAGCGUAUGGUCCCUUUCCUACAUAUCUCCUCUUAUUUCUUUCUCCAUCUACCAUCCUGUCCAAUGAAAUCAAAGCUCAAAGCCUAAAAACUUAGCCUUAAAAAAAGAAAAAAAAAAAGAAACUGACUCGGUAAUAAAGGUGGAGCAAAGUAAAUAAAAUCACUUGCUCAGGGUGUUUGUCAUUGUCAGGGAUAUGUUGGAUUGUUCUUUUAGGGAAACAGAUGGGGUUCAAAUACACAACAGAGCCAGACAUCUUAAGUUAUGUCCUGCUAAUCUUAGAUCUGUUUGAUAGACAGCACCUAACAGACUAGGUUUCCCUGACCUGCCGUCACGAGGCUCUCAGUGUCUGACAGCUGCUCUCUAGAGAAAUGAAACUCACGUUAAAGAUAAUGGAGAAGUGGGAGUGUUUUUGAUUUCCAAGGGUAAGACAGAGCUUUUUAUCAGACAGGAUAUGAGAAAUCAACACCUGCUGGUCAUGUUGUUUUAAAACCAUUUUGGAAAUUGCCCUUAUCUUAGUUCCUAAAAAAAAACAGUCUCAUUGUUGUUUUGCUGCUCUUCCACAGGUUUCUGGACCUUCCUUUACUUUGUAAGUUUCUGCUUCCUGGCCAAUCAGUGGUCUCGGACCUCACCUGAGGAUCUGCCACUCAACCAGGGGGCAGAUGCAGCCCGUGCAGCCAUCACCUUUUCUUUCUUCUCUAUAAUCACUUGGGUAAGGCUGUCAAACAAUGCAAAAACAAAGUCAGAGUGUUAAGAUAGAGAAAGGAGGCUUUUGGUUGAAUACAGGGUGCUGUUAACCAGUAAAAUAAUAACAUAAACCUUUCCUGAACAUAAUGAGCAAUAGUUUCCUUCUUACUUUCAAACUUUUCCUCCAGGAUUACAGAAAAUACUUACCUCUAGUGAAUUACAGCCAGAUACUGUUGAAUUCAAUGGCAGAUUAUAGGACUAUAUGACACUGAUUCAUAGAAACUUCAUCUACUUAGUAAUAAGGAAAAGGGAGAUACUGGAUUGUUCAAAAUAUUCAGAUUAGUACAUGAAAUAUUACCAGGAAUCAUCACAGGGACAGUAACCAUAAGUAUUUUUAUUGGAAGCAUUGGAACAUAUUAAGUACAGACAUUUGAAUCAUGUAUGGCUUCAGAUUAAGUUUUUUAUAAACAGAAUUGAAUAUAGGUACAGAAAUUAAAAAAAAGGGAGAGGGUAGAAAGGAAAGAAACCCUUUCAAGACUAAAUUUAAUUCAAUUCAGUUGAAUAAAAAGAUGUCAUGAAUGGCUGCCAAUCCCUCCCACCCCCUCAUCCUCCCACUCAGUACUACUUGUGAUUCUCAGACUUAAAUUCACUUUUUUUGAAGACGAAGAAAAGAGGUGAAUGGUGACCAGAUGUUAUUGCUUUAGACUUUUAUUCAAGACAUGUCUGAUUCAAAUUUAGUGGAUUGUCUCAGUUAGUUCUGUGAGUCUGUGAUUCCAGACUACGCCCUGAUGCAGACACAUGGUCAAAGUGUGUGCAUGUAGGUCUCAUAGACAGCGAGACACUCACGCACAUACAUAUUUACUGUGUGUACAGGCAGGUGUUAUAGACAGAGAGAGACACACGCACACACAUUGUCAGAGUGUUUUUCUGUGUGUGUGUGUGUGUGUGUGUGUGUGUGUGUGUGUCUUUGUGUGUCUGUUAAUUAAUGCCCUCUUAACAGGUGUUAGACAUCAAAGGCAUUAACUGACCUACUGUUUGAAUGAGAAGCUGCCUAACUGCAGUGGAUUUAGGGCCUCUGAACUUUUUCACAUAGCGUGAUUUCCUUAAAUCCCAGAAUGAAAAUAAGAACAUCGUACGAAUCCUCCGCCCCUCAUGAACACAAUGAUAUGUUUUUUUAUGUCUGUACUCUGAAAAAUGUGGCCACAACAGCGAGUUAAACGGGUUUGAGCCUAAGUGAUGAUCAGGAUUUUCUGGGAGAAAGAUUGCAUUACGGUCAAUGAGAGGGAUCGCUGCCAUUUUUGGACAGUUGGUCACCUGCUGGCCAAGGGGUACAAUUUAAUGAUUUGAAACCUCUUUUGUGAGAGGCAGGACUUAUUUUCCUCCAUUUUGAUGUAUUUUUUAUGGCUGUGGAGUGAAAUUUGUGGGCGUGGGAGCGAUAUAUUUGAGCUAGGUUUUGUUGAUAAAAGAAGACCUCUCCACUCUAGCGAUGACAUCAUCAGCUUUAGCUUCUCCAAUACACACCCAUUAUAAAGCCUGAAAAUUUGCUGAAAACCAUGAGGUGCUCAAAGCAAAAUUGUUGAAAAAUUGUAGAAGAUAGCACAAAAAAAGUUAAGACAACAUAUUUAGAGGAAAAGAUUGUGAACAUUUUAAAGCAAAAAAUGAGGUCUGUAGCUGAAAGUAUGCUGAAGUUACAAGGCUGAGAAGGUGGAAGAAUAUAAGGUAGAAUUGAAUGAUUUCCCCAUUCAUUUCAAUGGGAAAAAUUUUGCACAAAAAGUAAAAAAUAUCAAAAAGUAUAAAGGGUAGAAAAGUGAAAAAUACGUCCGCACUUGUCCUGAAGGAGAGGAACAGUUUAAAAGUUGAACGGUUGAAAUAGCACAAAGUUUGAAGGAGUUGAUAAGUUGCAAAAAAGGUACGGAAUAAUAAUAAUAAUAAUAAUAAUAAUAAUAAAGAAAUAGGAGAAUAACAAUAAGUGGAAAUGCUUAAUCAGCAUUUCCACUUAAAUAGGAGAAUAAUAAUUAGUGGAAAUUCUUAAUCAGCAUUUCCACUUAAUAAAGAGUUUCAGAUCAAAGCUAAAAUAAUGAUAUUUUAAUACAACAGAGUGAGAAACAGGAGGCUUUUCUGAAAACCAGGUAAAGAAAGUAAACAGGAAUCUAAGAGGAAGUAUAGAGUCUGAAAAAAUGCAUAAUACCCCCUCUUCAAGAACAAGUUAAUCAGUCACUCCACAUUCCUCAUCCUUGCUAAGGCAGCUGGCUGCUCACUGUAAACCAAAACUAUCACUCUUGUACGAUUUUAUUCUCACAACAAACUGACUUUAAUCUUGCAACGUAACAACUUGAUUGUCAAACAUUCUUCUUUAUAUGUAAUGACUCCAUUACAACUUUAUUCUCUCAAGAUUAUGAUGGAAACAAACCUUUAAAAAAAUGUCUUUAAUGUGACCCAAAAGGUCUGCCAUACAAGUGUUAUUUUCACUACUUCAAGCUAGGCUGGGCUUACUGCUGCUUAACUCAAUUUAAUAUAGCUGGGGGCAUCAGAUUGGCAUUAAGUUAGCUUGAACCCUUUUUCCUAAACAACCCUUUAUGGAGAGUGGAGUCCACCUAAUUUUUAUAGUGAUGAUUGAUUGCUCAUAAGGUUGCGGUCUGCUCUCUCUCUGUAUCUUUAGGCUGGUCUAACAGUGCGUGCUGUCCAAAAGUACAUGCUUGGCACAGACAUGACUCUUUUCACCACGGAGCACAUGGACGGCGGCGCUCCCACCCAGCCGUACCCCUCCAAUUCACCAGGGGGGGGUGGCACUGAGACCACAGAGACCUACCAAAGCCCGCCAUUCACCGAGAACAACUCCGCACCCACGUACCAGAUUCCCAUUUAUUAGAAGAGUUUGACCUGAUGAUGGGAGAAGAAAGUUGGGCAAGGGGAUAGAGAGAAAUUGAUAGAAAACUGCUUUCUGUGAUGUUCCACCUGCAUUUGUAUGUGUGUUAAUCUGGGAUGAGUUUUCAAUAGCUGUUUGAAAAAUAGGUCUCUCCUUCUUUGUUUCCUCUUCUCAUAACAUUCCAGCAUUUUUAGCACUUUUCUAGACCUCUAAUCCAUAUGGAAUUUACUAUUUUAGCACAUCCAGUUGUGUCAGAUCAGAGCAGAUGAGAAUAAAAAAACAAACAAGAGUAGGAAAUAUAUAAGAGGAGGCUGCAUUCAAAAAAACACAAAAUAUUGAAGAGAUGAAGACAUCCACAGGUUUUUGACUUCACCACAAAGCAGCGUUCGACAGAAAAAGUGCAGCAGGCAUUCACAUAUAGCACCUUCAUCCUGUUCUUUUCUUUCAUUCAGUGUUGAAUUCCCUUCAUGCCAAACAGUACGGGGAAUGUGUUUUUUUUUUUAGCUACGGGUCUGAUCACUUCUCCCUCUUUCCCUGCUGCAGUUUAAAGUGAUCAUGUGUGUUGAAUCUGCGUAUUUCCAAACUUAGACGUCAACUAAGUGCCAUAUUGCAAUAUAUGUUUCGGACAGUGACUUAAGUAGAUUUCAACAAGCUGUAAAAACAAAACAAACAAAAAAAAAAAACAUCACAAUGUUCUGUGACUAAGCGCAAUAUCUCACAUUCUUAUAAAGGUCUGUAGGUAGCUGUGACAUGUACUGUAGGUAUGCAAUUUAUGGUCAGAUUUGACAAAUGUAGGCACUGUCUUAAAUUACAUACUAGUCUUUGAGUUGUACUAACAAAUUUCAGGCUUGUCUUAAACAUAAAGCGGUAUAUCGGUCUUUGAUUGAGCUACUCAGACACAAAGGGUUGUUGCAUUUCCAUCAAAGCCUGUGGGAACCUUUCAUCAGUAAAACUUAAUGUGCGAUAAUUAUCAGUCAAAUUUCUUUGCAUAUCAUCUCGUCAAGUAUAAUAGUCUUCCUGUAUGUAGUGGAUCAUUAUUUUCUCAAACACAUUUCAAAAUAAUAGCGUCUGAACUUUGUCAGAGUAGCUGGAUCUGUACAUUUCUUUACAUAACUAUACAAGGGUCAGUUUUUCCAGGUUAAUCAUUGGGGAAACCUUUAAUCCAAAUGUAAUUCCUAUUCAAUCAGCUAUGUUUCUGCACCAGGCAUGGAUGGAUAACUGAAUUGGCUUAGCAACCACAGGAGCCGCCUAACCCCUCCGGUCAGAAACUCUUUGAAUGAAAUGACUUCAGAAACACAAAAUAUGACAACAAAGCCAUUUAAGGGGGCAACACAAAAACUGACAUAGAAAAGCAAAGAAAAACAUAAAACCUUGACAAAAAACAACCAUUAAGAUUGCAAAGACUCAGAACAACUUCAAAGAGACACAAAAACACCUUUACAAAGACACAAAUGGUCAUAAAACUACAGAUACACUAAACACAACUUCCAAGAAACAAAACAAAGUCACAAAACAACAACAAAGUUAUCUAAUAGGACUACAAAAUGCACUUUGUAGAGUCACUAACUACAAAGAUGAGAAAAAUGAAAACAAAUUAUUUGAAAUAACAAAGUUAUGCAAUAGCUGAUGAAAAAGACAUAAAAGCAACUUCAAAGAGACGCACAAAAAACGAAAACAGAGAAACGCAAUACAACUAUAGAAAUCCACAAGGCAAUGCAAACAACUUCAUAGAGACACAAAAUGACAGAAAACGUCAGAAAAAUAUAAAAGUGACAGAAAAUGAAUAUAAACAGUAGCUUAAACUGUAAAGGUGUACAAAGAGACACAGAUAGUAAAAACUGAAACAAAAAAGUCUCUAAACCAUCAUGAAGUGAUCUUUCAGUCUAGGUUUUCACCUUCACCAAAUAGGUGUGGGCGGCCUUAUUUGUGCUCAUGCCAAAAAGGCCGGAUGUCUUAUACUCCCCUUAAUGUCACCAGGGGAUGUAUGUAGGUGGUUAUCUGAGACAGCCCUAUGUGGGAUAGGUGAUAAAAUGGGGUGAGUUGGGUAAGUCAGGUCUGUUUAUGUUUACUUUUUAGAAGCUGCCAAACUGCCCCGUGUUCUUACUGCUGUAUUUUUAUUACUACAACAAUAAUAAUGUCCACUUUUGCAUAACCACAGAUCCGAUUGGUGAAGGGUUCAAUCUCAGGCAAAAGGUUUGUUGGACGUUAGGGGUCUGUAUAGCUGGCUAAUUCACUGAUCCUGCUACUGAGGGAGGAAUUUGUUGCCAUGGUGAUAUGGAUAAAUGGUGGAUGAGGGUCACUGGUGACCCUCGGUGUAGAUACCAUGUCUGUGUAACAGCAUCUGUGUAUACAUAUUUGUCAUCAGAGAACCUGUAAUUAAGUGUGUGUGUGUGUGUGUGUGUGUGAGUGUGUGUGUGUGUGUGUGUGUGUGUGUGUGUGUGUGUGUGUGUGUGUGUGUUCGGGGUGGGGUGGGGUGGGGGUGGGGUUGUACUUGUCUAGUGUACUUGUGCACAAGUGUUUGCAUGUCUGAGAUACGUGUGGGUCUGUGUUAACAUGUAUGGCUGUGUGUCUAUGGGUGUAAAAAGUUUUCGUGGUGCAUAAAGUUAUUUUCUUUGAUGUGUUGUCAAAGUUUGGGGCAGAAAUCCCACAUAUGUUAUAAAAUUUUAUAAUUUGCCCAAAACAAAAACAAAAAAAACAUUUCUGGUAAAUAUUUCAUCAAUAAUAUAAAAAGUAUAAAAUCACAGGUUUGUUUUCUUAUCAACAGGGCCACUAUCAAAAUUUCAUGUUAACUGACCGGUAGGAUGCCUCGUUAGGGGCCUGUUCUAUGAAGCAGGAUUGCUGCUUAGCAAGGUAACUUCGAGGGUAAGUUCAGGGUUUCCUGUUCUACGACGCAGGUUCACUUCUUAGCGAGGUGAGUCUCCAUGGCAAACAGGUUGAACCUGCUGCGUAGAAUAGGCCCCUGGUCUCCUCACAGUUUAUGUUUGAACAACGCCCUCUGCAGAUACUAGUCAACACUGCAGCAUCAGGAAAACAGGCACUGACAAAACUCAUGUUGACUGCAUGAAGCAAAGCAUGAAGUUGUUGUAUAUGACCUGUUUUAUACAACAACUUCAUGCUCUAUUAUCAUGAGUUUUGUCAGUGCCUGUUUUCCUGAUGCUGCAGUGUUGACUAGUAGACUAGUGAAUACUGUGUCAUUCUUUACUUGACAACAAUGAGAUUUGCCAGAAAUCAGUGCAGUUGUGCGACUGUCUUGCAGUUGCAGUUUCUUGUAAGAUGUGCACCCAGACAAAUUUUUCUUUCUGCACUGUUAUUACAUACUAGGUGAAACUCCUGUAAAGGAAAUUAAAUAAAAGCCAUAAUCAAGGGCCUGUAAGACAAAAAAUCCUCUGUAUUUUACCCUGAGUCCUACAAAGUUCCCUGUUGAAAGACCUGCGCAUGCAACAAAAAGAUCAAAGUGAAAAAGUAAUGAGGUAAAUUAAUCGCAAAGUAUCAGCGCGGAGGAGUUUUUGUCCUGUCUCAUAAAACAAAGUGAAGACCGCUCAACAUCAAAUUUUUUUCUUCUACUUUCAUCAGCAGGCUGUCUGUCUGUCAUUGAAUACAGAGUUAAAUGGGUGUAUUUGAAUUUCCCUCUGGGAUUAAUAAAGUAUCUAUUGAUCUAUCUAUCUUGAAGAAAUAAGAAACAAUUAAAGUAUUUGGUUUUGAUGGUCCUGCUCCAGAAUGGGGGGCAACACUUUCAGAUGCUGGGGUUUUGGUACCAUUAAAUCUAUCUGGUACAUUCAAAGGACUUUACUUGGUAGUUUUUCAUGUUGUGGCCCUUUAACCCCAAGUAGUAAGAAAAAUGCUUUAAAAAUAGGAAUUUCUAAAAGAAGCAGAGGAAUAGAAUCGCCCAUCUGUGUCCUUAUUCUAACAUAUUAUGAGUUUCAAGUUACAGUUACUCAAGACCUAAUAUGACCAGACUGACUUUUACAUUGUUGGUUGCUAAGAUUUGAUUUGAGUUAUGAGCACGAGAGUAAGGAUUUCUCAGUAUUAAACCCACUUAUUUUGGAGAAGAUUCAUUGUUAGUGGUGAAGUCUGCCAUUCAUGCUCUGAAAACCUGCUGAACAAACAAAACAAAACAUGUAAUUAACCAUUAGAGUUAAAUAAAAGUUAAUUGUUUACUCUUCCUACUAAAGGAAGAAAAUCUAUUUACAACAUGUGGCAUGCUUUUGGAAAUGUUAGUUAUCAUUUGAAGUAUGAAAGAGUAUGCUAAAAUAUAAAAAAACAAACAAAAAAACAAAAACAGCAGUAUAGCUCCUUAAAUCUUGAGUUGCAGGUCUGAUAGUUGCCAGUAAACUGUAGUACUGGGUAAAAAGGGGUUUUGGUGGUGGUGUAAAGUACUAUUGGGGCACUUUUAAGGUCAGGUUUCAUUAUUGUUCUCAGUGCUUCAGUCUUUUCUUCUGUACGUGUGGUAGUUAAAAAUAAUGAUACAAGCAUUCUCUAUGUUUUGUGCUCUGGCCCAUGUACACUACUGUGGUAGUGGUUGAUUGUAAAAAUUCAGUAUGUCGUUGAAGUAGAUGGAACGUGUGUGUGAUGCUGUCUAGGGUCUGGUUUGUCCUGUGCUACUGAAAAUGAAUAAAUGAAAAUUAAAAAAAGGAUUAUUUAUUAUCUAGAAUGCACAGUAUGUUGGAAAUAUUUUAAUUACCCACUCUUUAAAGGGCAGUUGGCACCAAAAUCAGAAUUCCCCGUGCUCAUGCUGUCACUUUGUUUGACUGAGAUAUAAAAAGGUGAUGAUACAUGGUGACCCUAGUGCCAUCAGUUGUGUGAAUUCAUGUAUAAUUCAUUGCAUGGAUGUUACAGUAUCUCCCCCAUAAUAUUAAUCAAAUUUGAAUCCCCAUCUACCAAUAAAGUCAACACUGAUUCAAUUGCGUGCUCCCCAUUGAACAUGUUACUUUAAACUUUUUCUUCCUGUUCUGAGGGUGUUUGACCUCUUCAGUGUAAAAAUGCUGUACAGAGAUGUGUGUCAUUGUCUAUUACCUGAAUGUCUCUGGACUGAACUGUCUCUGGACAGUCACUCUAAUAAAAAAGAAAACAUGUCUCGGACUGCCUGUUGAUGUCACUGACUCUGAUGUGUGAACACUGGCUCCAUCUCUACAGAUUUAUAUGGUCUAUCACAGCAUAGGUUGAGGACAUAAACUAAAGCUCUGAUGCUGGUUUUACUCCUGUGAAGGGCACUGCCUCCAUACAUUCCUCCAGAACUUGGGUUCAAAAUGCAAAAAAGUAAAGAGUUUAAAAAAAGAAAAUUUGAGAGUAUUUGGUGAAAUACUGGAACUGGAAAUACAUCCAUCCUAGUAACAUAUUAUCCUGACAAUUAAGGCUUGCUACACGUGCCCAGCUGUGUGCAGCACAACGGUGAGCAUAUACUUAAAGUUGAUGGAAGCCAGUAUUAAAAGCAAAAAACAGGAAUUACUUGACACCUUUUGCUGUUAAGUCUGGCAUAUCAACAUUAAAGGUGGUAAAAAGCUGCAUUUCCUGUUUGUUUACACUAUUCCAGCUUCAAUUUUAAGGCUCUUCCUGGUAACAACAGUAAGAGCCGUGUGAAGUCUGCCUCUCUCAUCUUAAGAAAGCAAACAAGGUAGACAAUUGAAAUACAUGUCAAACAUUUUCUUUCUUAAAUUUUCCUGAUUAAUGUGCAUUUUUUUUACUUCUUUGAUUUUAAAAUGGAGAGAGACAUAAUAACCAACAAAUAUACCUCCUGCAGCAUCCUCUACCUCUAUCGAAUUUCCCCCAGGGGGAAAAUAAAUAAAGUUCUUAUCAUAUCUUAUCUACCUGUUAUGCAAAGGUGCACAGAAAUGAUGCAAGAAAACAUGACAAAUACUUUAAACAUGAGUCACUGAACUUUCUAUGAGUGUGGGCGCCUCCUCUGAA